GAGACACAGACGGAGUGAGACACACGGAAGACGGGAGAGGACAGACUAAGACUUGAAGAUCCAGAAGAAAGAAAAGAAUAAAAGAGGAGGCAGGGAGAGAGACAGAGAGACAGCGAGAGAGAGAGACAGAGAGAGAAAGAGGUUAGUGGUUGGUGGAUUAACUCGGGUUAGAGAGGAUUAGUGGCUGCUGAGGUUUGGUAGUAAAAUCAGUUGUCAGCUCACACUGCUGAUUCACACACUGAGACAUCAGCUCAGUGGAGCUGAGGAAGAGGAGGACGAAGAGCAGUGUGGACGACCACCAUGAGACAAGCUGCUAUGGAGGAUGGUGUAAGUGCGAUGCUGUCAAGUGUGGUGGAGGACGUUGGUCAGGCUGUCCACAGAAACGUUCACGGUGCUCAGCUGCUGCAUGAACUCCUGAGUGCUCCGUGGCUUCACGCUCUGCUAAAGAUUUAUGAGUGCCUGAUGCAGUUCCAGAGGUUGACACCAAGUCCCAUUCUGCCUUAUGCCUCAGGACUCUCACAUGAGAUUAUCAGUACAGUACAGAAGAUCCACCAUCCCUCAGCUGAAGCUCGAGAGCUCUACAGCCUCCUUAACUCUCCUCACGUCCAGGCCCUCCUCUCAUCCCACGACAGUGUGGCCCAGUUAGACUAUGGACCUGUUUUACCUCCUCUGCCUGAUGAGAUGCCUGAUGAUGAGGAGGCCAUGAGGAUUGUUUGUCUGGUGAAGAACAACCAGCCACUGGGGGCAACGAUCAGGAGAGACGAGGAGACAGGAGAGAUCUACAUCGCCAGAGUGAUUCAUGGAGGACUUGCUGACCGCAGUGGCCUCCUUCAUCCCGGUGAUCUGCUGGUGGAGGUGAAUGGAAACCCUGUGGUGGGUUUGGAGCCCGAACAGGUCAUCCAGAUCCUGGUGAAGUCUCGGGGGACGAUCCUGUUUAAAGUCAUUCCUAACCCAGCUCAGAGCAGCAGCAGCCUCAAGUCGGUGUACAUGAGGGCGAUGGUGGACUACUGCCCCCUGCAGGACUCAUCCAUUCCGUGUCCUGAUGCAGGGAUGGCGUUCAGCAGAGGAGACUUGCUGGAGGUGGUGGACCAGUCCGACGGACAGUGGUGGCAGGCCAAGAAGCUGCCGUGUACGGUUUCCUGCGCUGGUCUGAUUCCCUCUUCCAGCAUGCUGAAGAGUAAACAGAGGGAGCAGUGGUGGUGUCAGCCGCUACAGGUUCAUACCUGCAUCAGACCCUUGACGCUGCCUGAUGAGGAGGACGAUGGAACGCUUGCUGAUGACAAACACACAGUCACAGAUGAGGCCGACGCUGACAUCACUGAUGGGAUCUACCUUGCUGGUUUCCGUCAGAGUUUCCGGCUGUGGAGGAGGACGUCCUACAGGAGAAGACGUCAGUCCUGCACCUCCUGCUCGCCCAACAGCAGCGCUCUGUCCACUCCCUAUGAGGAGGUGUGUCUGUACCAGCGCCUCCCGCAGGAGAACCACCGCCUCAUUGUCCUCGUCGGUGCUUCAGGUGUCGGCGUGAAUGAACUAAGGAAGAGACUCAUCAAACUGAACCCUUCCACCUUCCAGGGACCCGUACCUCACACCACUCGUCCAAUCAGACCAGGUGAGCAGACAGGAAGAGAGUACCACUUUGUGACCAAGGAGCUGUUUGAGUACAUGGUGUGUAACCACAGGUUUGUGGAGUACGGGGAGUAUAGGGGUCACCUGUACGGGACGAGCACUGAUGCCGUAGACGAGGUGGUAAAACGAGGACGGAUGUGCAUCAUCGACGUAGAACCACGAAGCAUCCUGAUGCUGCGCACGGGGAAACUGAAGCCCUAUGUGAUCUUCAUCAAACCCCCGAGUCCUGAGAGACUGAGACAGACGAGGAGAGACGCCCGGAUCAUCACCAGCUACAGCGUGAAAAGAGCCUUCACAGAGGAGGACCUGCUGGAGGUGGAGGACUUGUCCCGACUCAUCGAGGCAAAGUACAAACAGUUCUUUGACAGCGUGCUGGUGAAUGACGACCUGCAGGACACCUGCAUCCAACUGUGCUCCAUCAUACAGGACGCCCAAGACGAACCACAGUGGAUCCCUGUGAGCUGGAGCCAGAACCAGGAGUGACAGGGAGGAGGAGGAGGAGGAGGAGGAGGAGGAGGAGGAGGGACCACUGGCUGGUGUAAGGUGUCGUUGUCCAGCUGUGUGUCAGACAGAACCAGGAGUAAAGACAAACAUAAUGUCUGGACCCAACAGAACCUCAACACAGAGGCGCCACAACAAGAGACUGAAUACUGGACAUGGAUUUUGAACAUGUGUGUGUUUUACAGGAACAUUUGUUCUGGUGCUGACAUCAGACCCGGUCUGGUUCUGUGUAUAGUCACUGUUAGGACACACUGGGUGUGAUUGUAUGAAUGAGCUGUGUUGUAUUCAGAGGUCCACUCACUGAUGUUCCAGGUCCUGUAGAGCUGCUCAGUGUCAUCUCACUGUUUAAAUAAAGUUAGAAUCUACAAACCAUC